CUUUUCUUCAUUUUUUACAUAGCUGACAACAAAUGCUGAUUCGUAGCUGGUUUGAAUUAAAUACCUCUUGUUCUCAUAAACAAAAGAAAUCAAGCAUGAUUUCAACCAAAGUAACACCGACCGUAAAAGCAACAUCUGUCAAUGUCAGUUCUGAUGAACGAAAUAAUAAUUUAACAAUGACAUUUGAACCACUUAGAUCAGCUUCACUUUCACUGUCGAUAGAACUAGCAAAAGAUAUGCCAAGCAUAUCAAUCAGACAACAUAAACCAGAUACACUUUCUGUGUAUACAAACCAUUGUUUUAAACGCAUAGCUAAAGCAGCACCUGCCACAUUCUCCACCAGUGUGUCUGCGAAUGGUACCAUGGGUCAUCAAGACGAUGGAUCAGCAGCAAUGGAAAGUUUGGCUAAAAGUAUCAUUCAGCUCGACAAUGAAUCAUCUACACACCAAGAGAGUCAGCAGGUAACAAAGAAUGAAACCCGCACGCUUGUCUCGCCCACGUGCCAGUCUACAAGUUUCUGGACCUGGUUGGGUCUCCCUAGCGCUGAGGAACCACAGGAAGAAAAAGAACUGGUUGAGGAUAUGGCAGCCUCAGCUCCUAUUCCUAUCAAAAGCACAUCCCAUACGGUCACUAACACAGCGUCUUCUUCUUGGUCUUCGUUUCUGUUUGCAGCCAAUGUAGACAAAGUCCAAGUCUGUACAAACCCUGAAGAACCCAGUACGCCAAAACCACUCUAUAUCCAGAAGGCAUUACAGGAAGAACAAAACAAUAUUCGUAAAGUCAAAAGUUUAUCCAGUUGUCCUAUUCCUAAUACAAAACUUGCGCCUUCUCAUACGAGUACAUUGCGUCCUUCUGUGUCUAGCUCUUCACUCCAAAGUCAAAAACCUGGCAAGAUAACAAAUAAUAAAGUCUUGCCUUUAUUUGCAUCCCAAUGUCAGGUUCAGUCUUUGCCAGAAAAGGACACCUUUUUCACAAAAGCUUUUGAUACAAUCCAAUCCAUCAUGCAGCCACCAGAAACAACAACAAGCUGGAUUGCAAAGAAAAUGAAGGCUAAAUUCUCUCAUUUUGUACAAGACUUGAAACAACCUCAGCCCAUCCUGAUGGAUAAACGUAUUGUAGUUGUAGGUGUUCAUGGUUGGUUUCCUAUGAAGGUAUGUUUUCUGAUACAUACAACACAAUAGUAAUUGGCAAUAGCUUGUUAGAAGUAUGAUAGGUGAACCUACAGGCACUUCCAUCAAGUUUUGUGAGCAAAUGGCACUUGCUGUACGCACCUAUUUUGAGACAGAGCACAAGGUCAUGCUUCCCUUAGAUGCCAUUACCUGUGUACCCUUAGAAGGAGAAGGAAAGAUUGAGGACAGGGUCAACCAAUUAUAUACCAAAUUAAUAGAGAAUUCAGUAUGGUUAGAAGCUGUUUCUUCAGCCGAUGUGAUUCUCUGGGCCACUCAUUCACAAGGAACGCCUGUCUCUAUUAUGUUGCUCCAACGACUACUAGAAAGAGGACAUGUUCAACUGAUCCGACAGUCUGUCUGUAUGUUGGCUAUGGCAGGGAUUUCGCACGGACCUUUUCCUGCCUUGAAAAAGAGUCUGAUUGUGAAGGUAAGCUAAGCGAAAGGAAGAAU